GGAGCAGCAGUCUUGCAAUUAAUCUGAAGUCCUUAACAUUAUGGAUACUACGAUAUUACGAAUUGCAAUAUUUUUACUCUAUAUCCUGUUAUCAAACAAGGCUAUUGCUGAAGAACCAAAAUGCUAUUCCAGGUUUGAUUACGAUGAGAAAAUGAUUGAGAAAAUGGUUAGAGCUGAAAUUAAACUAGAAGAGUCUGCUAAAAGAAUGGACUUGAAUGAUGCUACAGUGGGCGAUAUAAAAACUGAUGUUCGUAAUAGUAUCCAAACGACGAAAGAAGAUCUCUCGAUGGAUUUAAAUGAUUUCAUUCAGAAAUAUGUUGCAAACAUAACAGACGGCGGAUGGUCGGAUUGGUCGUCGUGGAAUACGUGUCCUGUUACGUGUGGCGUUUCCAUGGUAACGAGAUCACGGUCAUGUGACAACCCAGCCCCUAUGAAGUUCGGUCGACAGUGCGUGGGAAACGACCAGGAAUGGAAAAUCUGUGAAGUUAGGGAAUGUAAUGGUCAACCUGAAAAGAUCGCUUUUUAUGCUAGCCUUAGCGACGAUAUUAGAAAAACGACAGCUAACACUCCUUUAGUGUUUAAUGACGUGAUAACCAAUGUCGGCGGUGGGUAUGAUCCAUCAACUGGAGUUUUUACAGCCCCAACCGACGGCUUGUUUGUGUUUUCCCUGACUGUAAGACAAUACGGACAUCCAGGUUAUGGUUUUGAAGGACGUUUUAGCAUCAAGAAAGGAGAAGUAUUUGUAAUGAACGUGUAUCCCGAUAUGCAUGAUAAGAGCGAUGAGUUUGACACUGCUUCGGGAACAACAGUGCUUGAAUUAGUUAAGGAGGACACCGUGUAUGUAGUUGCAGAUGAUAGUGGUAAAUUUAUUGAGGGAAGUCAAGACUUUAGCACCUUUUUUUCUGGAUACCAAAUUGGUUAGUAACAGAUAUCACGAGGUUGCAACGUUUAUCUCCUGAAUGGACUUGAUGUUAUUCAAUGCCAUUGGACUGAUUGCUACAUGGAAUACACUAGUUUAUUUAUGUACUUAUGUAUGUUUGUAUGUAUAAGACAAACGAUUUGUCGCAUAAUGCUAAAUUAAUAAGUUUGAGAAAGUGUGUAGAAUAUGUAUACAAUGUUGAACUUAUGUUUGAUUUUAAGCACUGAUCAGAACGUAUCUAUACCUUUAUCUAUAACACUCUAUUAUAACAAUAUCAACAUAAUACACAGAAAAGUAGCAUGGCAGCAAUAGUAUUUUUUAAAAUAAAUUAAAGGUGAUGGUGGAUAAAAAGGAGGGUUGAUCUUGAAAAACUCAAAUAUUUUGUAUAGGCUGAUUUGUGCCAUUUUUAUGAUGUUUUAUGUCAAUACAUCUAUAUUGUUAUAAGAGUAUUAUAUCGAAAAUAUGGGACAUCCUUCGAGUGCAUCGUAAUUAAAGGGUACCGGGGUAUGCGAAAUCCCAAACACAAAUAUUAUUGAAUUAAGUAAAAUAUUUACCCAAUUCAUAUGACUCUGAACCUUAGAGAUAAACUCUCUAACGACACUGUAUUUUAUGAAUAUAAUACCUUUAUAUCACGAUUCGUCGAGACAAAAUUAGAUAGAACAAAUGUGUAUGCAUUCUAGAAUAAUCACUAUAAAUGCAAACACUGAAAUAUGGAAAUACCUUUGUUAACAUUUCAUACAAUAAUUAUUUCCCUUAUUGGUCAAAUGUAUCAAUUAACCUUACUGUAUAACUUUUUGAUAAAAUUCAAUGAAGCACAGAUGGUGAAGUGCAAAGCUUUGCUAUUGAAGGGUAGGUGUUCUAAACCGUUCAAACAUACGUUUUGUUCUGUUUUUGUUUCUGUUCUGUUCGUCAUUAAUAGUAAAUAGGUAAUAGUAUGUA